GUUUGUAAGACACAAUCUGAUUGAGUCCAACAAUUUGCGAUCAUUCCAUUCUGGCACUUCGACAAGAGUAAACAAGAACUGUUUUGCUUCGAGACGACGCAAUUUUAGCAUCAAAAUAUAUUUCAGUACCGUGAAAGAUGCCAAAUAUUAAACUACAGAGUUCAGAUGGAGAGGUCUUUGAGGUGGAUGUUGAAAUUGCCAAGCAGAGUGUUACAAUUAAAACAAUGUUAGAAGACCUGGGUAUGGAGGAGGAUGAGGAAGAACCAGUCCCUCUGCCAAAUGUGAAUGCUGCUAUUCUACGUAAGGUGAUCCAGUGGUGCUCCUACCACAAAGAUGACCCACCACCACCAGAGGAUGAUGAGAACAAAGAAAAGCGCACAGAUGACAUAUGCUCUUGGGAUGCAGAGUUCCUCAAAGUUGACCAAGGCACAUUGUUUGAGUUAAUUCUUGCUGCAAAUUAUUUAGAUAUCAAAGGGUUGUUAGAUGUUACCUGUAAGACAGUUGCAAACAUGAUCAAAGGGAAAUCUCCUGAGGAAAUCCGUAAAACCUUCAACAUCAAAAACGACUUUACACCACAGGAGGAGGAACAGGUUCGAAAAGAGAAUGAAUGGUGUGAAGAAAAGUGAAGACUAAUUGUUGGCUUUGUAUAAGUGCAUUCGUAUAUUUGAUGGUAAUCAUUCUAAAUUAUUUUCCAAGACUAUGAAUAAAUUCAAACUUUUUUUGUUACUUUAAGAUAGCAGAUCAGUAAACAUGCACAGUGUACAGGUAUUUCCAAGUUUUACUAGAAGCCUAAAACCGCACUGUCCAGUGUUCAGUGUGAGCUACAAGAUUAAACUAACCACAUGAUGUAAUCCACUGAUUUAUCCCUGACAAGAUGGGGGAAGGAAAAAUAGGACCAUUUGUUGAUACUUAAGUCACACAAUAUCAAGAAUACAUAGCAUCUGUAACUUGAAUGUAGUCUGUCUUGUGUACAAUUGCAUCACCAACCUGGAGUCUUCCCCAGUCCACUGGGAAUGGAAUUACAUAUUUGCGUGCUUCAUCUUUACAGGCUGCUUUUAUUGUCUGUUAUUCCUUUGUAUCAGUAAUGUUAUUAUGGCAAGCAGAAAGGUAAUGUUUGGUGUGUAUUCAUGGCAUUUACAGAUAGUUAGCACUGAAAUGUUGUAUUUUUAAUGGAUUUCCUAUUUGUAAACUAAGAUCCCUACAUCAUAGAUUGCGCAGUAUGCUUGGGGUUUCGCAACGUGAGUCGUUCAGACUAUGCUAGCCAGUUAUGAGUGGUUGAACCAUAGUUAUCAGUGGUUUGCCAGUCACGGUUGUCCUGUUUUUAUGUACAUAUAACCAGUAUGUAUAUGUAACAGGAUUUCAUCAAACGACAAUUUGCAUUUACCAUUGCCCUGAAAGUUUUAACUUAGUUGAUUACCUAAUAAAUUACCAUAUUCCAUGAA